CCCACACGAGUCUCUGCCGUCGGAGUUCCACCGUCUCGGGAAAGCUCGACUAUCCUCCCUCCUCCUUCUCAGCCCCACCCAUAUUUGCCCUCCCCCUCUUCCCUCCCCCUGUGCCCCCUCUCCUCCUCGCCUGCCGUGUGACCCGCUUCCCUUGCUGCGUCGGAAUCUCACGAAGGACACCUUCCCUUCCGAGGAGCUUGAUUCUCGCCCUGCCCCUCCUCCUGCUUGGUGUUUUCCGGUCCUCUCUACUGAUCGCGUCUUAACCGACCUUCAGUUUAAGGUCCCUGCCCUUGCGCAAAUAUGUGGACCCUCUACGAUUACUUCAUCGUGGUGCUGAUGCCCAUCAUGGUGGCAUCGUGUGCUUUCUACUCGUACCGUAUCCGCCAGGAGCCGGUCCGCGCGCGUGGUUGGCUGCUCACGGCCCUCACCUGCUUCGGUUGCUUCUUCCACUCGAUUGCCCUGCUGCUGAGCAAGCGCCCGGGCAUCAGCUGCCACCUGCCCUACACCUCGUCCGUCAUCUCCAGUGUGCUCUACGGUUUCCCGCUCCUGAGUCGUGGUUUCCAGCUGUACAUCUUCAACGAGUACCACACCCUCGUGCUGCGUGACGAGCUGACCACUCGUCGGUACAAGAUUAUUCGCGCUCUGCGUAGCAUCUACAGCACCGGCUGGCAGCUGGCCAUCUACCUGUUCAGCGCCCUGCUCUUCGGCGUCAUCGGCCACCUGCUGUGGCGUCAGACCCCGAAUGCUCUGCUUCCGCCUGGGGAGUUCGUCGGUGGCAACCCCCGUGUUGGGUGCUUCCUUGGGAGUUUCCCCGUCACCAUCGCCCUGCAGGUCAUCACCAAGGGUCUGGCCCUGCUGUUGGUCUGGCUCCUGCGCGGUCGUGCUGACACCUACCACAUUCGCAUGGAGCUCGCGAUCUGUCUCAUCAUCGCCGUUGCUCUGAACGUCUUCUGGUUCAUCGUCCGCUUCACCUUCCUCUUCGAUCCCUCGAUCAUCGUCCUUUGGAGUCUCGCCUUCUACUGCGUCUUCAUCUGCCUGUACCCGGUCUACCUGUCCUACACGCCGCUCUUCGUCCAGCUCACCAAGACCAGCAUGUCCCGCUCGGAGGUUGAUCGCUUCAUCAAGGCUCGCGAGCGCAACGCCAGCAGCAACGGCUCCGCCUCCCUCAGCGGUGACAUCAUGAUGGCCGACAUGGGCAAGGCCACCCACGGGUCUGGCGCCGGCCAGGAUACCACCAGCCUCACGCAGAAUGGCGCCGGGUCCAGCGGCAACGACACCGCCACCUCCACCUCCGGGGAUCUGGCCUCGGCCGACAACUAUGCCGCCGCCUCGGGGGCCAAGGCCUCGGAUGGGGCCAAGCUCGACACCAAGAAGACCACCGGCAUGCCCACUCGGAAUACCUCCUCCGGCUCGCGCCCCCGCAUGCGCCGGUUCCUCUACAAGGACAUCAUCAAUCGCGGCACCACCGCCUGCAUGGAUGACUUUGAGAACUUCUGCGUCCGGUCCUGGUGCUCGGAGAUUCUGAUUUUCUACCGGACUGCCGACAACUUUGCCCGUGACUGGCAUGUCCGCACGCCGGAGGUCCGUCACUCGGAGAUGCGUCGCAUCUUGGACAAGCACAUCCGUGCUGGCGCCGACCUGGAGAUCAACAUCGACUCCUCCAUCCGGAAUGAGAUCCUCCGGAAGUUCAAGUCCCUGCCUGAGGUCCCGGGCUCGUCCUCCCCCUCGGUGACUGUGCCGGAUGUUCCGCGCGAUCUGCUGCGCGAUGCCCAGCGCGAGUGCCGCCUGCAGUUGGACAACCUGGUCCGGUCUUGGGCCAUGACCCCGAGUGGCAACCGCUUCCUGGUGGAGGUGGCCAAUGCGGCCGCCGCCGACAUCGAGGAGUCCCAGAAGCAGCGCAAGGCCAAGCAGCGCAAGGAGACCGCCGCUGCCCUGGCCGCUGCUCAGGCCGCUCCUGGGCCCUCUUCUUCAGAUUCCCCGGCCCUCGAGGGCGUCAUUGUCGAGCCUGCCGCCGGUGGGACUCCUGCCGCCGCGGCCGAGCUCAACACGGCCGGCGCGGCCUCCGGUGCUGCUGAGCAUGCGGAUGCCUCGCUGCCGAUGGAUGCCGCGACCGGCAAGGCCGACGCCCCGGCCGACGCUGCGUCAUCCUCUACCCCAGGCGAGGCUGAUGUGUAAGGCUCCUGCCUGGCGCCUUUCUCUCUCCCCCCUUCCCCUGCCCCCCCCCCCCCCCGC